AUGCCACCACUGCCGGGUGAGGAGCGAGUGCUGACAGUCUUCGCCGACAUCCAUUACUAUUUCGCGCAACCAAGUCCAAGGACUCGUCGUCACCGAUUCGACAAAGGUUCCUAUCUAUAUCUCUUCCAGAGCGCCGCCCAGCGCAGGAUCAGAAUUGAAGUUGCGAAUAACCCGGGUACCCCGGCCCAAGACGCUUUCAAUGGAGCUCUGGAUAAAAUCCAUGUGCGACACUCAACCCAAUUUCCGACCCUAUGCACAGUAACGGUAGACGGACAGUCGCAAGCUGCGGCGCAGAAUGCACCUGCUUUCCCUCCCCCACCAGGCACUGCGGCUGAAUGGGAGCUAGUCGAAGAUGAUACGCAGAAUUUGAUGCGCCUGCACACGCUGGACAUCUACUUCUGGACCGUGGAGGAUGCGAACCAGUUUCUCGAUAUCAUUGAGCGGGAUUUACCCGCGGCGCAGAUUGAAACCGAUCGACACCCAUAUCCCCCUCCGCCUCAGAGUACCGUCAGCUCGGUAGUCCAACAGCUGGAGACAGUGGCCAUCACUGACCCCGCAUAUCAGAACGGACAGACGCGCAACUCUCAGGCAGAAGUGGUCGCCAACCCUGCGUCAAAUUAUCAAGCCAUCACCCCGUCAAGCACUCUCCCUCCUCCACCUCCGCUGUCGUCCACCCUUGCUCCCACUGGCUCUCACUUUGCUGCGACUGAACAGCAACAUCAAGACCCGGCCCCUCAGUCCGCCCCCCUUCCAUACAACCCCGCCGCGCCCGCCGCUCCGGAGCCGAUCAAGCACCGUGAAAAGACUCCGCCUCCAGAAGACUACGCGAAUGGCACGGGUCUCGCGGCUGCCGCCGCUGCACCGGAUCAAGGAUUCCCGUUCCCCUCUUCUGCUGCUCCAGCGUCACCGGGACUUUCUUCUCUGAUCUCUUCGCCUGCGUCACCAGGCCCCCACACUACCAUGCCAGGAACCUACGCAUCUCCACCCCCAAGCACGGGGCUGAGCUUUUCUCCCUCGGUGACACGAUCCGCAUCCAUCUCCAGCCCCCCUGGAGUCCCGUCGUACACCACAGCCUUCCUCUCCGGCGAAAGCCCGGGAUAUCAGCACCAGCCCCGCAGCUCGCUCAGCAGCACGGGCUCCCUCCCUGGACCGCCCGGACCGCCGCAAGCAACCACCAUGACGUUCGCACCACCACCCACCACCGACGCAACAGCCCAGAAUGCAAACCCAGCUGCCGCUGCAGCCACCAUGAGCUUUGCACCUCCUCCUACCGAGCCCCUCUCACCCCCUUCACAAACUCAACCCCAAACCCAGCCCCCGUACACAAACCAAUAUCAGUACCAACACCAGCACCAACACCAACACCCCCAGACCACCCCACCGCCUCCCAUCCACCCCGCCGUAGCGAUAGCCGGCUACUCGAACUACUCGUACGAGCAACCGGGCGCCGUGGCUGGCGGCAACGCACCGGCCGAGUACGACAUCCACCGACAGAUGUACCGGCCCACGGAGGCGGAGGCGACCUCACGCCACCAGAAGUACGCGAAGGAGGCGAUGAAGAACCCUGGGGAUCGGCCGCAGACAUUUGUGAAGAGCGCGUACCGGGUGGAGAACAGUGUGAACCGGUUUUUGAAGAAGUUGGAGAAGAGACUGUAG